AUGAGUACUGAAAUCAAAUAGAAAUAUUUAUGCGAUGAAAUUCUCGAUAAGGGAUAUGAUGCUAAUAUUUUCAUGAGCUAUUUAGAAAAUUUAAGGGAAAAUGGUUCAGAUAUUGAAAAGUGGAGCAUUGAUGAGCUAAAAAUUUUGGUUGAAAAUUUCUAGUAAGAUGCAUAAAAUUAAUAUUAACUUGACUACAUCAGAGUUUAGCAGUAAUUAAGCAAUCUUAACUUAGGACCUGUAUAAUCUUAUUCAGAAUAUGAUAACUAUGUUACUAAACCAACAAAUCAAGAUAAUAUUUCUUAGUAAAAUAACUAACAAGCGCAAACACCAACAAAUGCAUAACAUCAAAAGGAAGAAGAAAUUAAGCAUGUUGUCCCAAAGCAUGAAGCAGAUGAUAGCAACUACAAAAAGACUAUUCCCUGCUUAAAGCCUGAUCCUUCUACUCUAUCAGAAGUUGAAGGUUUGCAUGUACAAGUUGCAAAAUAUGAAAAGAAACCUGGUGGUCUCUUCUCCUAAGCCUACAUCGUAUAUCAAGUUUAAACACAGCCAUUAAAUAUAGAAGUAUUUAGAAGAUAUAAUGAUUUUGCUUGGUUACACUAAACAUUAGAGAAAUAAUAUCCUCAAAUAUCAAUCCCUCCUGUUCCAGCUAAAAAAUCAACUAGAAGCUUUUAACCUCUUUUUUUAAGUAAGAGAAUGGCAUUUAUGGAAAAGUACUUAAACAAAAUUUUAAGAUCUCCUGAGUUGAAGAGAUCAAAAUUUGUUGAGGGAUUUUUGACUAUAACACAAGAAGAUGCCUUCUCUAAGCUAAAGAAAGAAGGAGACAAACUAGUUAAGCAAACAAAGAUAAACUAAAUGAUUACACAAAACGGAGAGGCUCAAUGCGUCAUCAAUUAAGAUAUCAACUAGUUUUUGAAAAAAACAAAUGAAUAUUUAGGAAAUUAGGAUAUUAUCUACAAAAAGGUUAGAAAAUUGUGCAAACAGUUGAUUAUUGAUUUUGAUUAGCUUUCAACAACAUUAUUUAGUAUCGGAGAUUGCUUUUCUUAGUCUUAUAAUCUUUCCCUCCAUUACAAUGCAACAAUUUAAGAGAAAAAUCCUUUAUUAGAAGAAUUAUAUAUCCAUCUUAACAAUAUGAGCAUUUCUUGGGGAAAUAACAUUACAACAUAAAUCAAGCUAGUUUAAGAUAAUUUAGGUAAUUGGUUCAAGUACUAUGAUAAUGAGUUAAAAUCCAUGAAGGAAUAUUUGAAAAUCAGAGAAUAAACAGAGAGAGAUUACCAUAACUUUAAGCUCAAGCUUACUUAAAAGAAAGAAAGAUUCUUCUAAUUAGGGGAUCCUACUAAGUGGGAAAUUCCUGCCCCAACAUUAAAUGGUAUUGAUAAAGAACUCCUUAAAAACAAAGAUUUUAUUUUCCAAUACAUGUUCCCAAGAGAAACUAUACAAGAGGGAGAGCUAAGAGAUACUUAUGGUUUUUAUAAUAACACUAGUUAUAUAGAAAUCAAAAGACUUCUAAAAGAAAAAAUAGAAUAGUAUUCAAAGCACUUCAAUCAGUUCGGAUAAAUUUAAUCAGACCACAUAACAGAUCUGCAUGUCUAAUGGGCUGACUUAAUGACGAAUAUGUAAAGUUUAGGAUUUGGUGAUAAACAAACAACACUACUUGAAAGCACCAGAUUUAAAAACAAUUAACAACAAGAAAAUCAGUUUGUUGAUGAUUGA